AGUGCCUCGUGUGUCCCAACUUCAACCUCUGCAGCGACUGCGAGCAGUUGGAAGAACAGCACUCCCACCACCCUAUGAUUCGCUUUUCCAAGCCCAGUGCCAUUGUUCUGAGGCGCUCGGUCAUCCUCGCAGAUGACCUGCACCACGGUGUGACCUGCGCGAGUUGCAGAGGGAGCAUCAGAGGAUACCGCUACAAGUGUCUCAAGUGUCGGGACUACGACCUCUGCAUGGGAUGCGAAUCCACCUUCCAGCACAUUCAACACCGCAUGCUCAGAAUGCCUCCC